CUCAAUCCACUGUAUGGCUCGAGAGCCACAGCUGUAACCCAUACAACCUGACGAAGGAAUAAUAAAUGAAGUCGGCGGUUUUAAACCGAGAAUAAGAUUUUAAAACAAUAUAAAAUGUGUCCAGACUUCUGCGAUAUCUCUUCACGUACAUCAUUCUAACUAUUUGUUUCUGUAUGCCGUUCUUUCUUUUUGUUGAGGGAGCUGACAGACAAUACCAUUUUCCUGUGGGUAAAACAAAGCUAUUGCGACACGAUUGAUUUGCUCAUUCUUGUACAAGAAAAACGGACACUUAUGACCAUGUUUGCUAUUUGAAAACGGACUAUUGUGACACUGAUUGGAACGACGUGGACAGUCCCAAAAGAAAUCCAGUUUCAGCCAGUAUUCCUGAACACAUCACAGAGGGACAAUGAGCGAGCUGGAACAGUUACGGCAGGAAGCGGAGCAACUACGCAAUCAAAUCCGGGAUGCUAGGAAAGCCUGUAGUGACUCCACUCUUUCGCAGAUCACAGCUGGUCUGGACUCAGUGGGCCGGAUACAGAUGAGGACGCGGCGUACUCUCAGGGGCCACCUCGCCAAGAUCUAUGCAAUGCACUGGGGCACCGACUCCAGGUUACUCGUAAGCGCCUCCCAAGAUGGUAAAUUAAUCAUUUGGGACAGUUACACAACUAACAAGAUGCACGCCAUCCCGCUGCGCUCCUCCUGGGUGAUGACGUGUGCCUACGCGCCCUCUGGGAACUACGUGGCGUGCGGAGGCCUGGACAACAUCUGCUCCAUCUAUAGCCUGAAGACCCGCGAGGGCAACGUGCGCGUCACCCGCGAGUUGCCUGGACACACAGGCUAUUUGUCUUGCUGUCGUUUCCUGGAUGACAACCAGAUUGUCACUAGUUCCGGGGACACCACCUGUGCUUUAUGGGACAUCGAGACGGGCCAGAUGGCCACCAGCUUUACGGGCCAUACUGGGGACGUGAUGAGCCUGUCCCUCAGUCCCGACUUCAAGACCUUCGUGUCGGGGGCCUGCGACGCCUCCUCCAAACUGUGGGAUGUCAGGGACGGCAUGUGCAGGCAGUCCUUCACUGGCCACGUGUCCGACAUCAACGCUGUCUGCUUCUUCCCCAACGGCAACGCCUUCACCACGGGCUCGGACGACGCCACCUGCCGCCUGUUCGACCUGCGAGCCGACCAAGAGCUGAUGAUGUACUCGCACGACAACAUCAUCUGCGGCAUCACCUCGGUGGCCUUCUCCAAGAGCGGCCGUCUGCUGCUGGCCGGCUACGACGACUUCAACUGUAACGUGUGGGACACCCUCAAGGCGGAGCGCGCAGGUGUCCUGGCCGGUCACGACAACCGGGUGAGCUGUUUAGGCGUGACAGACGACGGCAUGGCCGUAGCUACGGGCUCAUGGGACAGUUUCCUCCGAAUCUGGAACUAAACCCUCCAGAUCACGUCCUCCUCCUCUCUCCACCCACCCAUACUGCUGGGCUGGACUUGAGGGUGAACACUGUGUCUCCCCCCCCCCCCACCACCAAUGUCCCGUCCACCUCCUCCCCCUCAAGCCACAGCCAGCGCCGCUGUGAGAAAGUAACAACUCUUUCUACCUUUUCCAAGUGACAUUUUUUUACACACCUAUUACACAGAUCUUACAGUACCUACAGUUAGAAUGUCCAAUCAAAAAACUAAAACAAUUACGAAACGAGAUAAAAAAAUAAAUAAUUUAAAAAAAAACAAGUGCUAAAAAAAAAAAAAACUUGCAUCCCCUCUUGUUUUUGGACAGGGGGGGACUAGAGCGCAUGUUACCGUGGUUACCGCCAAAUUAGAGGCCAGUCCGUGUGUAAUAUGUAAAUGUAUAUAUAAAUACAGUAUAUAUGUAUAGCAUUAUGUGUGUAUAUAUAUGCAUCAUAUAUGCAUAUAUAAUGUGUAUGUAUAUAUUUUUGUAGUUUAUUUCCCACCCUUUUUGUUUUAUUUGCCUUACGUUGUUUAAUGUAUAUAAUAUUCACAGUACUAGACGAUUACACAAUUCCGAUUUUUGUCA